ACAUUCUGUCUACAGAGGUCUGUCAUUGUACCUAGAACAUUCUGUCUACAAAGGUCUGUCAUUGUAACUAGAACAUUCUGUCCACAGAAUACUUUCAUUGUACCUGGAACAUUCUGUCUACAGAAUACUUUCAUUGUACCUGGAACAUUCUGUCUACAGAGGUCUGUCAUUGUACCUAGAACAUUCUGUCCACAGAAGACUGUCAUUGUACCUGGAACAUUCUGUCUACAGAGGUCUGUCAUUGUAACUAGAACAUUCUGUCCACAGAAGACUGUCAUUGUACCUGGAACAUUCUGUCUACAGAGGUCUGUCAUUGUACCUAGAACAUUCUGUCUACAGAGGUCUGUCAUUGUACCUAGAACAUUCUGUCUACAGAGGUCUGUCAUUGUAACUAGAACAUUCUGUCUACAGAAUACUGUCAUUGUAACUAGAACAUUCUGCCUACAGAGGUCUGUCAUUGUACCUAGAACAUACUGUCUACAGAAGACUGUCAUUGUACCUGGAACAUUCUGUCCACAGAAGACUGUCAUUGUACCUAGAACAUUCUGUCUACAGAAGACUGUCAUUGUACCUAGAACAUUCUGUCCACAGAAGACUGUCAUUGUGACUAAAACAGUAUGUCCACAGAAGACUGUCAUUGUAACUAGAACAUUCGGUCCACAGAAGACUGUCAUUGUACCUGGAACAUUCUGUCCACAGAGGACUGUCAUUGUACCUAGAACAUUCUGUCCACAGAAGACUGUCAUUGUACCUAGAACAUUCUGUCUACAGAAGUCUGUCAUUGUACCUAGAACAUUCUGUCCACAGAAGACUGCCAUUGUACCUGGAACAUUCUGUCUACAGAAGACUGUCAUUGUACCUGGAACAUUCUGUCCACAGAAGACUGUCAUUGUACCUGGAACAUUCUGUCUACAGAGGUCUGUCAUUGUACCUAGAACAUUCUACCCACAGAAGACUGUCAUUUUACCUAGAACAUUCUGUCCACAGAAGACUGUCAUUGUAACUAGAACAUUUUGUCCACAGAAGACUGUCAUUGUACCUAGAACAUUCUGUCCAUAG